AAAACCCUAAUCUCUCGUCACCACUACCCCCAUUACCCCCCGCCUCUUAGAGAGAGAGAGAGAGAGAAGAAAAAUGGUGUCGGGUUCAGGGAUCUGCGCGAAGAGAGUGGUGGUGGACGCUAGGCACCACAUGCUUGGUCGCCUGGCCUCCAUUUUGGCCAAGGAGCUGUUGAAUGGGCAGAAAGUGGUCGUUGUUCGAUGCGAGGAAAUCUGCCUUUCAGGCGGGCUCGUGCGCCAGAAGAUGAAGUACUUGAGGUUCCUCCGUAAGAGGAUGAACACCAAGCCUUCUCAUGGUCCCAUUCAUUUCCGCGCUCCGUCCAAGAUUUUGUGGAGAACGAUUCGUGGGAUGAUCCCCCACAAGACCAAGCGAGGAGCAGCUGCACUUGCUCGUUUGAAGGUUUAUGAGGGUAUUCCACCACCAUAUGAUAAGACUAAGAGGAUGGUUAUUCCUGAUGCUCUCAAGGUUUUGAGGCUUCAAGCUGGUCACAAAUACUGUUUGUUGGGAAGACUCUCAUCAGAAGUCGGAUGGAACCACUAUGAUACUAUCAGGGAGUUGGAGAAGAAGAGGAAGGACAGAGCUCAGGCAACAUAUGAGAGGAAGAAGCAGUUGACGAAAUUGAGACUCAAAGCAGAGAAGGUUGCUGAAGAGAAGCUUGGUGCCCAACUUGACAUAAUCGCCCCAAUCAAGUACUGAAAGAGCACCAUAGUAGUUCUUUGAAGUGCCAAUUUUGUUGGUUAAUGAUGUGUCUGGUGGAUUUGUUUCUGUUAGCAAAAUCUAUUUUGACUUUUAUUUUUCUUGUGUCAAAUACAUUAUCGAAUAUUUUUCCAGUUCCCUAUGACUGAGAUCUUGAAAUCACCAAACAUGUUUUCUGUUUUUGCCUAUUGCAAUACUUCUUAAGGCCAAGUGUUGGGUUUUCACAGA